GAACGAUCAAUCUUCGGUUCCUUUUGAACUGCAGUAUGUAGACGAGACGUAGUGGAUCGGCUCACUCCGCCGCACGGCAUUCCACGUUGUGCCGCGCUCGCUGCCGAACGCCUACUAAUACCCGAAAGGUUUCCUUCGAGUCGUCGCAAACCAAAUAAAAUAAAUAUGUCUAUCUCCGCAUUUAGACGAAAGAAGCUGCUGUAUGUCUUCAAUGUAUUCUUUGAUGUCAAUCAAAGCGGUACCAUUGAGAGGAAAGAUUUCGAGCUAGCUAUCGAGAAAAUCUGCAGCCUUCGAGGCUGGAAGCCCGGAGAUGCGAAGAACACUGAGACCCACGAGAUCAUGAUUAAGAUCUGGGAAGGUCUGAGGAAGAGGGCUGACUCCAACAAGGAUGGACAGGUAUCUGUUGAAGAGUGGGUGUCUAUGUGGAACGAUUAUGCUCAGAAUCCCUCCGCUGCUUUGAAAUGGCAGCAGCUGUACUGCAAGUUUAUGUUCCAACUCGAGGAUGCCAGUGCCGAUGGCACUAUCGAUUGUGACGAGUUCACAACCGUUUGCUCCUCUUAUGGCAUUGAUCCUCAAGAAUGCAAGGUGGCCUUCGGUCAGAUGGCUAAGGGUAAGGCGAGCGUCUCCUGGGAGGAAUUCCAGGAAUUGUGGAAGGAGUACUUCUCUACCGAAGAUCCAAAUGCGGCUGGCAACUACAUAUUUGGAAGAACUAGCUUCUAAGUUCAGUCGCUAUUGACAAUGCCCAAAAUUUAAAGGGCAAAGUACAUUCCAUCAACACGAGUUUUGACAUCAAGGUUUAACACACGAAAUGAAAAAUCGUUGCGUUUCAAUUUAACGCAAAACUCCUAUCUAAUUCUACGAGAAAUCAAAUUAAUCGUGUGAUAGACCUCACGUCAACGUUACAUUAAUCUAAUUUUGGGUGUGUGUUCAAGAUAUAAUAGUAAUUUUGCCAUUAAUAGAAUCAUAUGAAUAUUCGAUUUCAAUAUUGAAGCUCAAAGUUUAGGAAUUUUUGACUCUUAGAGUAUAUGCUAUCAAAUCUUUUCACUAUCGACUUUCUUAUUAUAGCAUAUCUUGUAGUCAUAUCUAGAUAAAAUUAAUCAAAUCGUAUUUUUAAUUGUGUCUCAGAAUUCUUGUUAUCUAAUAUUUUGCCUUUAAAUGUGUGUAUUCAAAGUUUUCAUUUUUUACGACUAACAUGAAAGCACUGCCGUCUGCCGAUACUUUUUCGUUUCACUAGUGUGAAACACCCUUACAAUCUAGUCGUUCGAAUUUUAUUUAUUUCAUGUUUUAUAUUACUGUUGAUAUUGUUGUAACAAAUA